AUGGCCUCGCUCGGACCCAUUGACGACAAGUCGCCCUCAGUCUCCAAGAAUAACGAACUGGAGGACCAUGAAUACCCGCUGGAGGACGGCAGCAAAUGCAAGAUUGGUCGUCCGAGAGGCUCCGCCGAUGCCGAGAAGAAAGCGAAGGAGAAGGCCGAAGCCGAAAGAAUCGAGGCUGAAAAGAACGGCCUGCUCAUGAGCCAUGGCCCAGAACUCCAUUAUGACCUCGGCUCUGAGACAUGGCGCCCUGGCGAACACGGCACUCCAUCCGACGACUGCCAGCGCCAGACUGGAAUCACGUGGCACCAAAUCUACAAAUCAGAGUGGGUGGACAACUUUUACACGUUCGAAUUCAAGACCGGUCAGACCUAUGAUUACUACUUCAAGGAUGCGACUGGUAGAUUUCCCGAGUGCAAUGUCUGGAUCGCAGGCACUCACACGAUUGAUUGGACCUCGACGGAUGGCAUUUGCUCAUCAUUUGGGAGAACCGGAACACCUUCGCCUUCGCCGUCUCCGGUCCCGCUCCACCACGACUGCGAAGAGUCCACGACGCCAUGCGCUUCAUACCCCGGCAACAAGCUGGAAGCGUCGCCGGGUUUCGACUCCUCCGGACUGGUCCAUCGCCACCAAGUCACCUUACAAGUGGACGGCAUGGAAACUUCGUAUGUCUCUCCCGCCGCAAAGGCUGAAGUCGUGGUCCAGAACCGAACAUCGAAGCUUGCGGACGUCAACUCCUUGUGGCUGCCAAACGGAAUCUCGAUUACUUUCGGCUUUUCGGGCUCCAGAAUCAGAAAAUGCGAUGGAUCUGCGGGUCGAGAUGUUCCAGAUCCUCGGUUCACGUUCACUGUACUGCGGGGCAGUGGCUGUUUGUCCGAAGGGCUCGUUGAUGAUGUGCGCGAGAAGUUUAAGCCGCCUUGA